UAUGGUUUCGGGGCGCUAAGCUAGUUUUGCAUCUUUGACGCUUGUGACGAUAGCUCACUGAGCUGCUUCGUGCGUAUAAGCUAUUACUACCGUAGCCAUUUGUACAUCUCCGCCACGUGUACGGCCGACGAACACUACCAGCUAACGUUAUCAAUUUGUUCCCCGUUUAAUAAUUUUGGACCAUUUUAAUAUCACACGUGCUUGAAUUUACCGUGGGAACAUCAUGCAUAUACAGUGACAAGACCAACAUUUUCAAAGUUUCACCAGAACUUCCUUCAUCAGGAUGAAGGGACGGACAGGUGCUCCUCAGGACCGGGCCUGCCUGGUGGGGAUCUGUUUCUUCUUUCUAGGCCUGGGAACGUUGCUACCAUGGAACUUCUUCAUGACUGCCUCAUUGUAUUUCCAAGGUCGCCUAAACUCGACAGAAUUGAGAAACGGCACAGUGGUGGUCCUCAAGGAGUACUACUUCAACAACUGGAUGACCCUGCUGUCCCAGCUGCCCCUGCUUGUGUUCACCCUGCUCAACUCCAUCCUCUAUCAGAGGAUGUCGGCGAUGAUGCGCAUCGCAGGUAGCCUGGUUUUUAUCCUGCUGCUCUUCAUCUUCACAGCAGUGCUGGUCAAAUUGCCCCUGGAGGCCGACCACUUCUUCUCUGUCACCAUGGCUACUAUCUGGUUUAUCAACUCAUUUGGCGCCGUGCUGCAGGGCAGUCUGUUUGGCCUGGUGGGUCUGCUGCCUCAGAAGUACAGCACCAUCUUCAUGAGCGGCCAGGGCCUCGCCGGGACUUUCGCUGCCAUCGCCAUGCUGCUCGCCAUAGCCAGUGAUGCGGACUCUGAGACGGCAGCGCUGGGUUACUUCAUCACGCCAUGUGUGGGGACGCUGGUCACACUCUUCAGCUACCUGCUGCUGCCCCGCCUGGAGUUUGCCCAGUAUUAUCUGAACAAAGGGAGCAAGUAUGAGGCGGACACCACAGACGAGUUGCUGAAAGAGAGAAGCACAGUGGAGAAUGGCAAGCUGAACGGCCAUGCUAACGGCACAGUGACCAGCAGCGCAACCAAGGACGGCAGUGCAGCCGAGGCUGAGGUGGAACCCAGUCCAGACGGGCCGAAGCAAGCCUUCCUGUCGAUGGAGCAGGUGGAGAAGGGCCAAGCUAAGGCCUCGGUCUUGGAGGUCUUCAAAAAGAUCUGGGUGAUGGCGUUCUGCAUUACGUUUGUGUUCACAGUCACUCUCUCCGUCUUCCCUGCUGUCACUGCAGAUGUCAAGACUUCAUUCCCAGGGAAAUGGGAGCGCUUCUUCAUCUCAGUGUGCUGCUUCUUGAUUUUCAACAUCAACGACUGGUUCGGUCGGACCAUCACAACCUUGAUACGUUGGCCCCGUAAAGAGUCUCGUCUGUUCCCGGCGCUAGUCGUCUCUAGGGUGGUGUUUAUCCCUCUGCUGAUGCUCUGUAACGUCCAGAGUCGCUCCUAUCUCCCCGUCUACUUCGGCCACGACGCUGCUUUCUCUGUCAUCAUGUCGCUCUUCUCUCUGUCCAGUGGCUACUUCGUCUGCCUGUCCAUGUCCUACGCACCACAGUUGGUGGAGCCGAAGGAUGCAGAGACUGCCGGAGCCCUGAUGACUUUCUUCCUAGCCCUGGGUCUGUCCAUCGGAGCCGCCCUGUCCUUCCCCCUCCGAGCUCUGGUCUAGUUUACACACACACAGCACUGCAUAGACACUGUAGAGGAUUUCUACCUGGAGUUGGAAAUAUGAUAAAUGUCUUUGUUCAUCGUUGGUCUACUCUGCCCCCCCCCCCCAUUCAUCUGUCAGGUACUGUAUGUGUAUUAUGGAACAACCGGCUUGACAACCAAGCACCCUGGGUGACGAUGUAAAAACAAAACUUGAAGUGGGAUUGGGCAUUAAUGACUGACAAGGUUCCCUUUUGAAAGUAGGAAUAAGGGAAAUGGUGUCUGUUACUCUGACUGCUGGUCUAUGUUACUGCUACUAACCUGAACACACGGGUCAGAACAGAUUUCAUCUCUUCUUUUUUUUUUAGGUUGACUGUUGAGUGUGUCAUUUUUAGAUUUAUGUUUGAUUUCAGUAGUUUUAGUACAUAAUUCUGAAUGUUCUUUAUUUGAUUGGUGGCUUGAAUUUAUACUUUUUGUUAGAUUAAUUACAUUAGGGAUUUUUCUUCCUGUGAUUAUUUAGUAAUUUCUACUGAAAACAAAAAACUCUUUGCCUCAGAAAUAGAACAAACACAAUAUUCUUUGUUAUGUUAUACUGUAAAGAUGGAAAGUCAGAGCUACUGUUUGAAGUGACAGAUAUAAAAAAAAGAAUUUUCUUUUUUUAAAUAGACACAAAACAACCACAAAGGGUUUUGAAUUAACCGCAUGAGACAUUUUUCCCAAUUCCUGUUCAUGCGUUUCUCCACCUCGCCAGUGCAGUAAUACAAAGCUGCAGCAUCAGUUUCUCUCUCUCCAGCAUCAUGGCGUCUCCUGCCAUCUACUGGUCAAAACACUUGUCCUUCAGGGCUCCAUUCCUUUGCUGAGAAAGCUCAACGCUAAUCAUACAAGACUGUUGUGCUGAUUGUGAGAUCAUAGGAUCCUGCUGACUGACCGAAAAGAGGUCAGCGUUCAGGUUCUGGGCUUAUAUGAGCAUGACCACGUUCUUUCACUGACAGACAUGACUCCGGGCUGCCACUGAUGAUGCAACUCUAAUCCACAAGAUGCAGGAUUUCUUUCAGUUAAUUUAAUUUUUAACUUCUGACAUCUAGAAGAUGCUGUUUUUUUUAUUUGUUCUGUUUUUGACUAAAUGCACCAAUGUAAUGAUGCUGCUGUUGCUGUAAGCCAUUAAAAAAAACAAGCUAAUAUUGUGAAAAUGGAGUAAGAGUUAAAUACAUUCUUAUUGUUACCAAUGUGCCAUUCUCCAGUGAUGUAAAUUGUUUCUGACUGACUUUUUCUCAGUGUAGUAAGACAUGUAAACAAAUCAAGUUAUUGCUUCAGACUGAUAGCAUUUAGAGAUUAUUUAGUUUAUCAACAACACAAUUUGUUGAUUUGAGUUUUAUUUUUGCAGAUUAAGCAUUGAUUUAUAUGCCUAUUAUUCAAUACAUUUUUUAAUUUAAUUUGUAAGUGAAGAGAUGUAUGAGUGUUUUACUGUGCAACAUGUCAUUUAUACAUGUAUGUGGAGAAAAUUUGAGUUGUGGCAGCUGCUGCUUAAAAUGCACCAAGGGCUGAGUCCUAAUGAAGGGAGAUAAAUUAAUAGGACCAUGUUAUUUUUAAAGGGUCAGUUGAUUUGUGCUGCAUUCAUGUGUAGUGGGCAUUUUUAUUAUGAACUGAACAAACAUGCAUUUGUAUUUGACUAAAUGGUUUACAGCAAGCAAAGUGGCAAUAUGAGCC